AUGCACCAAAAUUAACAAAGUUUGAAGGUGCGCCUUCUUUGUUUGGUUAAGUUGCAUAAGGCGCGUAAUUUUCCUUGGUGCUCCUCUCCAAAAAGGAAAAAAUAAUAUUAAACAAUAAUAAAAGUCGCAAACGCAAGAACGCUGCAUAUGGUAGCAAAAUCAGAGGUUUUCGGGUUAUUCGUCUUUUCCUUUCUCUCUCAAAUGUGAUUUUACUCUAUAGGAAAAACCAGAGACCUCUGCAAAUUUAGAAUGUUAAAGAAAGAGAACCCCAAAACUAGGUCAGAAAUGGCGGGAAACUCAGGUGGCGGAGGUGGAGGAGCUGGCACUGCAACACCUGGUGCAAAGAGAGGUCGUCCUUUUGCCUCAGCUUCUUCGACCCAUUCAGAGCAUGCCAUGCCUUCCACACUUCUUGGUCCGUCUCUGCAAGUUCAUUCCACUUUUCAAGAUCAAAACCACAAAAGGAUAGUUCUGGCUUUGCAAAGUGGGCUAAAAAGUGAAAUGAUUUGGGCACUGAACACUCUUACAUUGCUCUCAUUUAAGGAGAAGGAUGAAAUCAGGAGAGAUACGACACCUCUUGCAAAAAUACCAGGACUGCUAGAUGCUCUUCUACAAGUUAUUGAUGACUGGCGUGAUAUGGCAUGCCCCAAGGAUACAUGGAGGCCAUCAAGGUAUCGAGCACUGGGGACAAACAGUGUUGUUACAGGCUUUGGGUCUGCGUAUGAGGCUGCUGGCUUGAAAGAUUCUCUUUCUCGUCUCAGUUCUGAGACUGGAUUAUCCAAUUCAGAAGGUCCAGUUAGUACAGGACCUAAACGUAGGGCCACGGAGUGGUGGUUUGAGGAAGAUGGUCUUUUUAAUGUGGAUGAAGAGGGUCGGGCAGAAAGGCAGCAGUGUGCUGUUGCUGCUUCGAAUAUCAUCCGCAAUUUCUCAUUCAUGCCAGAGAAUGAGACAAUCAUGGCACAACAUCGCCAUUGCUUGGAAACUUUGUUUCAGUGCAUACAAGACUACAUUACUGAGGAUGAAGAACUUGUUACCAAUGCACUGGAGACCAUUGUCAACCUAGCUCCACUUCUGGACCUGCGAAUUUUCAGCUCCUCAAAGACAUCUUAUAUUAAAAUAACAGAGAAAUCUGCAGUCCAAGCAAUUGUUGGGAUGUUGGGAUUGCCUGUCAAGGCUUGGCACUGUGCAGCUGCUGAACUCAUCGGAAGGCUAAUUAUAAACCCUGAUAAUGAACCAUUUCUUCUUCCUUGCGCUCCAAAGAUAUACAAGCGCUUAGUUGAUCUUUUGGGUUUUCCAGUUGUUGAUUCUCAGGCAGGAGCUGUUGCUGCACUGUACAACCUUGCUGAAGUCAAUGCUGACUGUCGAUCGAAGAUUGCCCAUGAGCGAUGGGCAAUAGAACGACUUUUGAGGAUUAUUCGUGCUCCGCAUCCCAUGCCAGAGGUUUGCAGGAAAGCCUCGUUGAUAUUGGAAAGCCUCGCAUCUGAGCCACAAAAUCGGGGUGCACUUCUUGCUUUUGAGAAUGCCUUUUCUGAGAUCCUCUUCUCGGAUACAAGGAGUUCAGAUUCAUUUGCAAGGAUACUCUUUGAACUGACCUCGAGGUCUAAUAACAAAGUUGCAAUGGCUCGUGGUAUUUGGGGAAUGUAAAAUUUUUGCAAUUAAAUAAAGAUUCUGUCAAGAAGUUAUUCUUAAAGUGAAAUGUGAUAUUGGGUAUCCUGUAUCUUAAGAGAAACAAAGCAUAUUACAUUUCACAGAGAGGAUAUGGAAUCAGAUGCUUGUUGCUGCUAUUUAUUGUAAGUGGCAAAAUUUUAGAAAUGUGGGACCUAAGCUUACAACUGAUAUUGGUCCACCAAACCUUGUUUGUAAACUCAGCAUUUAUAGUUUUGUUAGAACCGGAUAGAUGGAUGGAUGAUUAGUGAUGCUGGACGCAGACGCAGAUGCAGAGACAGGGCAUUAAAGAGGUUGUUGAAGAUGCGCACAUCAUAUGCUUGGAGAAAAAGCAUAGGUGCUCAAGGUGGUAGGUGCCAUAACACGAAGUCUGUUUCUUGUACUUAUCGUGGAUAAGGGGCCCUUUCCUUGCUGAACUACCAAAAAAAAAUAAAUUGUAUUAACUACCCAAAAAAAGAAGUGCUUGAAAAAGUUGUACCA